AUGAAGGAUGCUGACAAAUCAGGUCAACCUUUUUCCGAUACGUCUGCCAGUACUAGUGGUCCAGACACCCACCUGCCAUUUGAUUCAGCUCAACAGAGCUCACUUGAUUUUUCUGAAAACUUGACUGGCAAUUGGAAUCUUGAUGACACUUUUUGGACCGAUCUUGCUGCCAAGGUUGCAGCAUUUGAGGUGUCAGGUGGUGACAAUCCGGCCUUGCCACACUUGCCUCCUUACCCACAUGCAGAGUCCAUGUCUUCCCCAACCCCACAAUCACCCAAUGUUCCAGCACCACUGCCGCAUAUCCCACACACCAUAUGUCGCACAUCCCCUGCUACCUCAUCCCAUAUGGUCCCUGCAUCUCCAGAGGUUCCAGUACAGGCUGCGCAGUUCCUGCACCAUGAUUCUCAGCCAGUGAGUCCUAUGGAGCCACGAUUACAGCCCUCACCCCCUCCCAUUUCCACUUUACCUGGACUCCCUUCCAACACACCAGUCAUCACCAAGACAACAAUGCAACCCUUACCGCACCAGUCAAAUGCGCCAUCCACCAGUGGUGUUGAACCCUCCCCUGAUGGCAAUGAACAUUUUCAUCGCCAUAGGACUGGUCAGGUGUCCAUUCCCUCCAAGGGCAAUGCCGCCGCUAAUAGCAUUGGUGAAAAUGCACUGACUGUUUCUGGGAAGCAUACCACGGCACAGGAACCUAGUACAUCCAGUCACAAACAGAAGAAACAAAAGGCUGCUGAAUCAGUGCUCGAGUCAUACAUUGCAGCUCUUCUGGCAGAAUCCCACAUUCUCAUUGAUCCCAUGUCUUCUUCUAGCUCUGGUUCUUCUGAUUCAAGCUCCGACAACUCCUCUGGUGAAUCCAAUGACGACCUGAUGCCUACUACCAGCGAAGUUUUGCUUGGUGUGGUAGGCACAUUGUACUCUCAGAGAUACCUUGUCGACAGGGAGCCAAUAGUCAACAGUGGUGAAAAUUUAGUUGCCCUGAGAUUUUCAGAGCAUAUGUUCAGGUAA